AGUUUCAAUUACCCACAGCUCUCCGCGCGGGACGGGAGUCAAGGCGGUUGCUAAGGACGAUCGUACUGUCAUUUCGGGUCAAAAUAAUGUUUUUCUGACUCCGCCGUCGGCUGAAACUGCACAAGAAGAAUUCUUUAUAUCUCUAUCUACCCUGUGAGCCUAUCAACAGGCGGACAAAAGAUUUGAAACAAUGGCUGAUCAGCCAGGAGAUGUGCCAGAGGCUCAGGAAGGAGCCAAUGGUGUGACCAAUGGAGUGGAGGGGGAACCUGUGGAGAACGGUGAGGACAAAAGGUCUUCAGGAGGGUCUCCAGAAAAUGCCACAAAUGGCGAGCUUGUUGUACAGAAUGGAGAGAUGGUGAACGGAGAGACCACAGAUGUACCAGAGACAAAACCACCUGUAGAUAUGAAAAAGCUGAUCAAAGAUAGAGUCAUCCUUAGUGCCUUGAAACCUGACAUGUGGACAGACGAGCAUGAUGGAAUCAUUGAGAGAUGGUUCUCUGAGAGCCCCAGUCGGCUGUUGGUGGUGUACCAUGACCCCCAUUCUGGUCUGAACGUGACAUAUUCCACCCCUCAUCACCCGCCUGAGGAACUCACAUACUUCAUAAGGCCUGAGGGUGUAGAGAUCACAGCAGUAAACUUCCACAAGAAGGUCCAGUACGGGACGGUGAAGUCCCAGUACAUAGAGAGCCUGCUGAGACUGAUGACUGGUGUCUACGCACCCAUCUUCUUUGAGAACAAGUCAUGGCCUGACAGUAUCAAAAACGACUUCUCAGCUCAGCUCCACAAGUUCCUGGCCAACCUGACAGACACACGGUACAAGAUGGAGGGCCACACUGUCCUGUACAUUCCCAACGAGGGCACCAGCAUUCCUCCUGAAGUAGCUGCUAAAGACAAGGAGUUGGUCUCAAGGCUGGAGACUGCUAUGAUCCACUGGACAAGGCAGAUCAAGGAAGUCCUCAGUUCCCAGGACGCAAUAGAGACAGCGGACAACGCUGGUCCCUUGGAAGAGAUCGAGUUCUGGAAGUCUCGCUGUGACGACCUGUCCGGCCUGAGUGAGCAGCUGGACAAGCCGGGGGUGAAGAGAAUACAGAGGAUCUUAGAGCUGUCCAAGUCUUCUUACGUGGCACCUUUCCUCAAGAUGGCAAGGAUGAUCCAGGACGGCUCGGCGCAGGCCCAGAGUAACCUGAAGUUCCUGUCAUCGCUUAAAGAGCCGUGUCAGGCGUUGGACGAGGCCUCCCCCAAGGACAUCCCUGCCAUGUUACCCAAGAUCCUUAGCAUCAUCCGCAUGAUCUGGUCCAACUCUGAGUUCUACAACACACGGGAGAGACUCACGGGGCUCUUCAGGAAGAUGAGUAAUGAGAUUAUCCGGAGGUGCUGCAAGGAGAUCUCCUUGGAGAGGAUUUUUGAUGGUUACAUCAAGUCCAGCAUGCAGAGUCUACAUGAGAGCAUCCAGUGCUGCAUCUCAUGGAAGGAGACGUACCAAAGGACGGCAAGAGUCCAUCACAGAUUCAGCCCCCAAGGCUGGGUACUGGACCAGACGAGCAUCUUUGCACAAGUCGAUGCCUUUGUCCAGAGAUGUAAGGACCUGCUGGAGGUGUGUGAGUGCCAGAUGCACUUUGCCCGCUGGGAGGACGGAACCAAGACGCCGUUGCCGCACUUUGCCGGACACCGUGGGCCCGAGGUCGCACGCAGUCUCCUCGAGAUCGAGGCCUCGUUCGAGAGAAACUUGCAGAUCCUUAAAGAUGUCAAGAAAACUAUUCUUGAUGUCAAGGCGACAUCAUGGCAUGAUGACUAUAACAAAUUCCGUGCAGGGGUGAAGGAUCUAGAGGUCAUGAUGCAGAAUGUCAUCUCAUCAGCCUUCGAGACCAUCAGCACAGUGCAGGCUGGUGUGGAACUGCUAGAUGCCUUUGCGCAUCUCAACAGCAGAGAGGCCGUCCGCAGAACGAUUGACAAGAAGACGGUGGAGAUCUGGGGUCUGUUUAACGAGGAGCUGAACAUGGUGAAGAAGGAGAUGUCCAAGUCCAAGUCCGUGGAGCUGCCACCCAUGCACCCCAAGUUUGCAGGGGCGUCCCACUGGGCACGGGCGCUCAAGAGGAGGAUAGACGCACCCAUGCAGACAUUGGGCAAGGCCUUCUUCCUCCCGAAGACCGGUUCUGGUGCAGAGGCGAGCACACAGUACCAGCAGCUGGCCCAGGCGCUGGACGAGUUCAUCAGGAAGAUGUUUAACGAGUGGACGGGGACUGUGGAGAGGGACCUGGGCAAGAGACUGGAGAUCCCCCUCAUGUGCCGCAGCCAGGAGAAACAGGGCAUGCUGGACAUCAACUUCGACAAGUCCCUCCUGAAGCUGUUUAACGAGAUCCACCAUUGGGAGCAGCUGAUGUUUGAGAUCCCCCACUACGCACAUGAAGUGUACAUGAAGAAGGAAGACCUGCGGGGGCUGAGGGAACAUGUGCUGCUGGUGGUCAGGGACUACAACAGAAUCAUUGCUGCCCUGUCGACGGAGGAGAGAGGGUUGUUCCGUGAGAGAAUCCGUUUCUUGGACAAGAAGAUCCACCCCGGCCUGACCAAGCUGACCUGGGCCUCCAAGGGCAUCUCGGACUUCUUUGUACAGGAGUGCCGCACGCACGCUGGCAAGGUCCAGGCCAUCGUUGAUGACUACAAGGCAGCCAACCUGACCAUCUCCAGGAACUGUGUGCGUAUCAGUGAGAUGCUGCUGGUGAAGAUAGACGGGAAGAGGGUGUACGAGGACCUCGCCUUCGAGGAUGACCAGGUGCGGCACCGAGGGAACCAGCAGCAGCGGCUGCAGUCCAUCCACGAUGAGAUUGUACAGAUCAUGAGGAAAACUUACGAGGUGUUCAGGACUGACGGUGCUGAGGUGCAGAACCACUGGUACCGCUACACAGAGAAGAUGGACCGGAUGGUGGAGGAAGCUUUCCGCCUGAACGUGAAGUGGUCGCUACAGGAACUCUCCCGCGCCAUCAAUGGGGACGGGAAAACCACACCCAACCCGCUCUUCAGGGUCAAGGUCGUGCUAGAGGGAGACAAGGUUGAGUUCUCACCGACACUGAAGAAGCUUGCCAGCAUUGUGAACAACGUCAGCACCCAGCUGUCCCAGUCUGUGGCCAUCAUCAAGAGGUUACCUGAUGUCCUCACCAGAAGGAGGUCACAGAAAGAUCCCAUAUAUCAGAUCAUUGAAAGAGAUGAUGACACUAAGAAGAUCCAGGGCAGCAUCAGUUCUGGCAUGCAGGCAAACGCACAGCACUUACAGCAGUACCUACAGACAUGGGAUGGCUACCGGGAGAUCUGGGAGAUUAACAAGGACGCCUUCAUCAGGAGGUACCAGCGCCUCAACCCUCCAGUCUCAUCAUUCGAUGCUGACAUUGCCAGGUACACAGAGGUGGCCAACAAUGUGCAGAAGGAGGAAACGGUUCUGAACAUCCAGUUUGUCCUGCUGGACUGCUCGCCGCUCAAGUUCUCCCUGCUGAACCACUGCAAUGAGUGGCAGAACAAGUUCACCACACUUCUCAGCGAGAUGGCACUGGCCACACUGAACGAGCUGCACAAAUACCUCAAGGAAAAUGGCGAGAAAGUAAGUAAGCACCCACAGACCCUGGAUGAGCUUGGGGAUGGACUGCAGCUGUUAGAACAUCUGCAGGGUGAAGUCCCCAACAUUGAGGCACGCUUCCCUCCCCUCAACGACCAGUUCGCCAUUCUGGAGAAAUAUGAUGUGCCCAUUGAUGAUGAGACACGUCAGCAGUUAGAGGACCUGAGCAACGCCUGGGUGUCCUUCCAGCAGUGCCUGAUCGACAGUGACGCCAUGCUGAAACGCCACAAGGACAAGUUCAAGUCUGGGCUGAUUGCCUCGUCUGAAGAAUUCAAGAAACAAGUGGCCAACUUAUAUGAUGAGUUCUCAACCAAGGGACCAUUCAGUAGUCAGGCUGGUUGUGACCCGGCCCUGGAGCAGAUCUCUGCCAUCAGACAGAGUCUCAACAUGCUGAAACUGCAGGAGAACAACCUUAGAAGGGGGCUGGGGAUCUUCAAGAUAGAACAGCCCCCCUCUAAGGAGAUUGCCGGUUUAGAUAAGGAUCUGGACUUCCUAGAACAAGUGUGGGAGCUGACCAAGGAGUGGGAGGGGAACUGGGACGAGUGGAAGGUGGGCAAGUUUAACGAGCUGGUCACCACAGACAUGGAGAUGACGGCCGGAAACCUGUUCAAGAAACUCAACAGACUCAGCAGGGAACUCAAGGACAAGAACUGGGAGAUCAUCGACACGUCGAAGGCGAGAGUGGACCAGUUCCGCCGCACCAUGCCGCUAAUCCAGGACCUGCGGAACGACGCCAUGCGCGAUCGCCACUGGGCGCAGAUCAAGACGGAAGUCCAGAAACCAUUCGACCACAUGGCAGAGGACUUCACCCUGGGGAAGAUCAUCGAGCUGGGACUGGACCAGUUCAGUGAACAGAUCAGUGAAAUCUCUGCGGCUGCCAGUAAAGAACUGUCCAUAGAGCAGGCCUUGGCAGAAAUCUCAACCAUCUGGGAGGACACCAACCUGGAGAUCGGACCUUACAAGGACCGAGGGCACUUCAGACUCAAGGGUACAGACGAGGUGUUCCAGCAGCUGGAGGAUAACCAGGUGACCCUGUCCACCAUGAAGGCCUCUCGUUACAUCAAACCGUUCGAGGCGCAGGUGGACAAGUGGGAGAGGACCCUGUCCCACAUCCUGGAGGUCAUCGAGAUGAUUCUCACUGUGCAGAGGCAGUGGAUGUAUCUAGAGAACAUCUUCUUGGGUGAGGACAUCAGAAAACAACUCCCACGGGAGUCGGCAGAGUUUGAUGACGUCAACGCCAACUGGAAGGUCAUCAUGACCCGCCUGAACAAAGAUCCCAAUGCACAGAGGGGAACGCAUUUUGAGGGAAUCCUGGAGAAGCUGAAUGACAUGAACACCAAGCUUGAGGAGAUCCAGAAGUCCCUGGACAUGUACCUGGAGACCAAGCGGCAGAUCUUCCCCAGGUUCUACUUCAUCUCUAACGACGACCUUCUGGAGAUCCUGGGACAGUCUCGCAACCCUGAGGCUGUUCAGCCUCACCUGAAGAAGUGCUUUGACAACAUCAAGUCUCUGAAGACCCACAAGAUCGGGGUGGGCAACAAGACAGAGGCUCAGGGCAUGUCCUCCACGGAUGGGGAGUAUGUGGAGUUUGGGCACCCUGUGUUACUGGAGGGGCCUGUGGAGGCCUGGCUGUGCGAUGUGGAGAGGACCAUGAGAUGGACCCUGAAGGACCUGCUGAAACAGUGCAGGACGGCUCUCAAGAAACAAGUCAGCAAGAGGGACAAGUGGGUCAAGGACUGGGCUGGACAGAUGUUGAUCACGUCCAGCCAGAUGCAGUGGACAGCAGACGUCACCAAGGCCCUCGCCCAGACCAAGGAGCGUGGUGACAAGAAGGCCCUGAAGAGCCUGAAGAAGAAGCAGAUCUCUAUGCUGAACAAGUUCUCAGAGGCUAUUCGCGGCAACCUGACCAAGAUCCAGCGUCUGAAGAUCGUUGCCCUGGUAACCAUCGAGGUCCACGCCCGUGACGUGAUCGAGAAGUUGAUCAAGUCAGGUGUCAGCGAUGUCACCGCUUUUGAGUGGCUCAUGCAGCUCCGGGUCUACUGGGACAAGGACAUCGAUGACUGUGUGGUACGGCAGACCAACACCCAGUUCCAGUAUGGGUAUGAGUACCUGGGGAACUCUGGCAGACUCGUCAUCACUCCACUCACUGACAGAUGCUACAUGACCCUGACCACAGCACUCCACCUGCACCGUGGAGGCAGUCCUAAAGGCCCAGCCGGGACAGGCAAGACGGAGACUGUGAAGGACUUGGGCAAGGCCCUGGGGGACUACGUCAUCGUGGUGAACUGUUCCGAGGGUCUGGACUACAAGUCUAUGGGCAGGAUGUUCUCAGGACUGGCACAGACUGGAGCCUGGGGCUGUUUUGAUGAGUUUAACCGCAUCAACAUCGAGGUGCUGUCCGUGGUGGCACAGCAGAUCCUGUCCAUCCUGUCAGCGCUGGCCGCAGGGUCGCAGAGGUUCGUGUUCGAGGGGCGAGAGAUCAACCUGAUCUGGUCCUGUGGCAUCUUCAUCACCAUGAACCCUGGCUAUGCCGGCCGUACUGAGCUGCCAGACAACCUGAAGUCCAUGUUCCGCCCCAUAUCCAUGGUGGUUCCUGACUCUGGUUAUAUCGCUGAGAUCACCCUGUUUGGGGAGGGCUUCAGCAACACCAGGGUCCUUGCUAAGAAGGUGCAGACUCUGUACUCCCUGGCUGUGCAGCAGUUGUCCAAACAGGACCACUAUGACUUUGGUCUCCGUGCGCUGGUGUCCGUGCUGAGGUAUGCUGGCAGGAAGAAGCGGGCCAACCCAAACAUGCCUGACGAGGAGGUUCUGAUUAUCUCCAUGAGGGACAUGAACUUGGCCAAGCUGACCUCAGUUGACCUUCCCCUCUUCAACUCCAUUGUGUCUGAUUUGUUCCCAGGGGUCGACCCACCCGCCAUCGACUAUGGCAAGUUUAAACAAGCCAUAGACGCCGAGCUGAAGGCUGCCGGCCUGCAGAACAUCUUCUUCACCACCCAGAAGAUCAUCCAGCUGUUUGAGACCAAGAACUCGCGCCACUCCACCAUGAUCGUGGGCAAGACGGGCAGUGGGAAGACCGUGACGUGGCGCAUACUGCAGGCGACCAUGGGCAGGAUGAAGAAACAGGGAGAUGCUCAGUUCUCCUGUGAAAAUGUCAAGGACUAUCCCAUCAACCCCAAGGCCCUGUCCCUGGGUGAGCUGUACGGAGAGUUUGACCUCAACACCAACGAGUGGACAGACGGGGUUCUGUCCAGUGUUAUGAGACUGACCUGUGCUGAUGAGAAGGUUGACCAGAAGUGGAUUUUGUUUGAUGGUCCGGUGGACACCUUGUGGAUCGAGAGCAUGAACUCUGUCAUGGACGACAACAAGAUCCUGACCCUCAUCAAUGGAGAGAGGAUCGGCAUGCCUGAUCAGGUGUCCCUGUUGUUUGAGGUGGAGGACCUUGCCGUGGCCUCCCCUGCAACUGUCAGCAGGUGUGGCAUGGUGUACAACGACUACAACGAUCUCCGAUGGAAACCCUAUGUCGACUCAUGGCUAGAAAAGAGAACGCAAAAGCAAUCUGUGGAGCACCUUCAGCGGCUGUUCGACAAGUAUGUGAACCAGGUUCUGGAGUUCCGCAGGACACAGUGUAAGGAGCUGGUCACCUCAUCUGAGCUGAACGUCGUGGCCUCUCUGUGCAGACUGCUGGAUUCACUGGCAACGGAGGAGAAUGGGGUGAACCCACAUGACAGUGACAACUAUGGUCGCAUGAUCGAGCUGUGGUUCAUGUUCUGUCUCAUCUGGUCCAUCGGUGCCACGGUGGACGAGGACGGCAGGAAGAAGAUGGACAACUACAUCCGGGAGCUGGAGGGGUCCUUCCCAAAUAAGGACACCAUCUACGAGUACUACGUGGACCCCAAGAACAAGGUGUACAGCCACUUUGAGGACAAGCUGCCUCGAGACUGGAGAUACAACCCCGCUACGCCAUUCUACAAGAUCAUGGUGCCAACAGUGGACACAGUACGGUAUAACUUCCUAGCUGCGGUCCUGUUGGACAAGGGGAACCCUGUCCUGCUGACUGGACCAGUCGGCACAGGGAAGACAUCUGUGGCACAAAAUGCACUGGCUCAACUGGACUCCAAGAAGUACAACAUCCUCACUGUCAACUUGUCUGCUCAGACGUCAUCCAACAACGUCCAGGACAUCAUAGAGAGCAGAGUAGAGAAGAGAACCAAGGGAGUGUACGUCCCCAUCGGAGGGAAGAAACUCAUCACCUUCAUGGAUGACUUUAACAUGCCUGCCAAGGAUCUGUUCGGCUCCCAGCCACCGCUGGAGCUCAUCCGACAGUGGAUCGACUACAGCUUCUGGUACGACAGGGAAAAACAGACGGUGAAAUAUGUGAAGGACAUGUUGCUGAUGGCAUCCAUGGGUCCCCCUGGAGGAGGCCGGACCAACAUCUCCGGCCGACUGCAGAGCAGGUUCAACAUGAUCAACAUGACCUUCCCAAGUGAGUCCCAACAGAAGCGAAUCUUCGGCACAAUGAUCAACCAGAAACUCCAGGACUUUGAAGAAGACGUGAAGCCGAUCGGUGACGUCAUCACCCAGGCCACCCUGGAGGUGUACGAGUCUGUGGUGGAGAAGUUCCUCCCCACCCCCGCCAAGAUCCACUACCUCUUCAACCUGAGAGACAUCUCCAAGGUUUUCCAAGGCCUGUUGCGAGCCCACCGGGACUUCCACGACACCAAGCAGGCGAUGACGAGACUCUGGAUUCACGAGUGUUUCCGUGUCUUCUCCGACCGCCUGAUCGACACGGACGACAUGCAGACCUACGUGGACAUGCUGAGUGAAAAGCUGGGCUCCCUGUUUGAUGUCACCUACCACUCCAUCUGUCCCAACAAACAGCCUCCCAUAUUUGGUGACUUCCUGAAUGACAAGGGUGUGUAUGAAGACAUGACGGACAUCAAAGCCCUGAAGAAGUACAUGGAGGACCAGCUGGAGGAUUACAACAACACCCCAGGCUGGAUAGCCAUGGACCUGGUCCUCUUCAGGGAUGCCAUGGAACAUGUGUCCCGUAUUGUGCGUGUGAUCCGGCAGCCCAGAGGUAACAUGUUCCUGGUGGGUAUCGGAGGCAGCGGCAGACAGAGCCUGUCCCGCCUGGCCUCCUACAUCUGCGAGUACCAGGUCUUCCAGAUCGAGGUCACGCGGCACUACAGAAAGGCAGAGUUCAGAGAUGACCUGAAGCGGCUGUACUGGAUGGCCGGAGUGGAGAACAAGCCGACCGUCUUCCUGUUUGUGGACACGCAGGUUGUGGAGGAAUCCUUCCUGGAGGACAUCAACAACAUCCUGUCCAGCGGAGAGGUCCCCAACCUGUACAAACCUGACGAGUUUGAAGAGGUCCGGAACAACUUGACGGAGGCAGCAAAGAAGGACGGCAUCCAGGACACCCCGGAACAGAUGUUUGCCUACCUGGUGGAGAAGGUCCGCAACAACCUGCACGUUGUGCUGUGCAUGAGCCCUGUGGGAGAGCCUUUCAGGAACCGAAUCCGACAGUACCCAGCCUUUGUGAGCACCACCACCAUUGACUGGUUCCUGGAGUGGCCCCAUGAUGCUUUGCUGGAGGUAGCAGAGAGAUAUUUGGAGUCCAUGGACCUGGGAACCAGUGAGGAUAUAAAGCCUGCCGUGGCGCAGGUGUUUGUGGUGAUGCACCGCUCGGUGGUGGACUUCUCAGCACGGAUGUUGCUGGAGAUGAAGAGGCACAACUACGUCACACCCACCAACUACCUGGAGCUGGUGUCAGGAUACAAGGAGCUGCUGUACGAGAAACGUAAGGAGAUCGGAGACGAGAUCAACAAGCUGCGCAACGGUCUGAUGAAGAUCGACGACACGCGAGCGAAGGUGGAGGUCAUGUCCGUGGAGCUGGAGGAAGCGCGCACCAAAGUGGCCCAGUUCCAGAAGGAGUGCGACGAGUACCUGGUCACCAUCGUGCAGCAGAAGAGAGAGGCUGAUGAGCAGCAGAAGUCUGUGGCAGCUGCCAGUGUGAAGAUCGGUGAGGAUGAGAAGAGGUGCCAGGGCAUGGCUGAUGCUGCCCAGAAGGACCUGGAUGAGGCCAUGCCUGCCUUGGAGGCAGCUGUCAAGGCCUUAGAGUCCUUGAACAAGAAGGACAUGACAGAGAUCAAGUCAUAUGCCAAACCUCCUGCACUGGUGGAAACUGUCAUGCAGGCUGUGAUGAUCCUACGAGGGAAUGAACCAACCUGGGCAGAGGCCAAACGACAACUGGGUGAUCAGAACUUCAUCAAGCAGCUGGUCAACUUUGACCGUGACAACAUCUCGGACAGGACGUUGAAGAAGAUUGGGCAGUACUGCGCCCAGCCAGACUUUGAUCCUGAGGUCAUUGGGCGUGUGUCCGCAGCAGCCAAGUCCCUGUGUAUGUGGUGUCGAGCCAUGGAGAUCUAUGGUCGAAUCUACCGAGUGGUGGAGCCCAAGCGGAACAGGCUGAACAAUGCUCAGGCCCAGCUCAGGGAGAAACAAGCAUCUCUGGCAGAGGCCAAACGAAGACUUGAUGAAGUGAACAAGCGUAUGGAGGACUUGAAGAGACAGUACGAUGAGAAGCUUGCCCAGAAGGAAGAGCUGAGGAAGAAGGCGGAGGAGACAGAACUGAAACUGGACAGGGCCGGCAAACUGGUGUCUGGUCUGGCCGGGGAGAAGGUCCGCUGGGAGGAAAAUGCAACUAGCCUGGAGGGGAACAUGGGAUACCUUGUCGGAGACUGUCUGAUCGCCGCUGCCUUCCUGUCCUACGCUGGCCCCUUCCUGUCAAACUACCGUGAUGACAUGGUGCUGAACAUCUGGAUCAAGGAGGUGCGGCAGCUCAACGUCCCCUGCAGUCCGGACUUCAGCUUCGCUCAGUUCCUCUCCAAACCCACGGUGGUGCGGGACUGGAACAUCCAGGGCCUGCCGUCCGACGCCUUCUCCACAGAGAACGGCGUGAUCGUGUCCCGUGGCCGGCGCUGGCCGCUCAUGGUGGACCCGCAGGGACAGGCGAUCAAGUGGAUCAAAAACAUGGAGAGGCAGAGGGACCUGAAGAUCAUUGACCUGCAGCAGCAUGACUACCUGAGAACCCUGGAGAACGCUGUGCAGUUUGGCACACCUGUACUGCUGCAGAAUGUACAGGAGGAACUGGACCCCUCCCUCGGUCCCAUCCUCAGCAAGUCCAUCAUCAAAGUUGGUGGCCGUUUCCUGAUCAGGCUGGGUGACAAGGAGGUUGAGUACAGCCCUGACUUCAAGUUCUACAUCACCACCAAGCUCAGUAACCCCCACUACACCCCCGAGAUCAGCACCAAGACCACCAUCAUCAACUUUGCUGUGAAGGAGCAGGGCUUGGAGGCACAGCUGCUUGGUAUAGUUGUCAGAAAGGAACGCCCAGAGCUUGAGGAGCAGAAGGACAGCCUGGUGAUCAACAUUGCUGCCGGGAAGAAGAAACUGAAGGAGUUGGAAGAUGAAAUCCUCAGAGGUCGGAGAACAGCUGCAGAUCAGUGAACAAACAGAGAUCAAGAUCGACGCUGCAAGAGAGGGUUACAGGCCAUGUUCCACCAGAGCGUCGAUCCUGUUCUUUGUGCUGAACGACAUGGGGCGCAUCGACCCCAUGUACCAGUUCUCCCUGGAUGCCUACAUCGAUCUCUUCGUCAUCUCCAUUGACAAGAGUCAGCGCAGCCCCAAACUGGAGGAGCGUAUCAACAACCUGAACGAGUACCACACGUAUGCAGUCUACAGGUUCACCUGCCGAGGGCUGUUUGAGCGGCACAAGCUGCUCUUCUCCUUCCAGAUGUGCGCCAAGAUCCUGGAGAAUGCUGGGAAACUGAACAUGGACGAGUACAACUUCUUCCUCAGGGGUGGAGUGGUAAUGGACCGUGCUGACCAGAUGGACAACCCCUGCACAACAUGGCUGGUGGACUCUUCCUGGGACAACAUCACUGAACUGGACAAACUGACCAACUUCCACGGGAUCAUGACGUCCUUUGAGCAGUACCCACGUGACUGGCACAUCUGGUACACAGCCUCUGAGCCGGAGAGGUCACCUCUACCAGGUGAAUGGGACAAUGCUUGCAAUGAGUUGCAGCGCAUGUUGAUUGUCCGCUCCCUCCGUCCGGACCGCGUCUCCUUCUGUGUCACGUCCUUCAUCGUGAACAACCUGGGAUCCAAGUUUGUGGAGCCCCCUGUUCUGGACAUGAAGGCUGUGGUGGACGACUCAACAACAAAAACACCCCUCAUCUUUGUACUCUCCCCUGGAGUGGACCCCACCAGCAGCCUUCUGAGCCUGGCAGAACAGUCAGGAAUGGCCAGCAGGUUCCACGCCCUGUCUCUGGGGCAGGGGCAGGCUCCUAUUGCUACUAGGAUGAUCAAAGAAGGUGUCCGAGAGGGUAACUGGGUGUUCCUGGCCAACUGCCACCUGUCGCUGAGCUGGAUGCCGCAGCUGGACAAGCUGGUGGAGCAGCUGCAGAUUGAGGAGCCCCACCCUGACUUCCGCCUGUGGCUCAGCUCCAGCCCCCACCCAGACUUCCCCAUCUCCAUCCUGCAGGCGGGCAUCAAGAUGACCACUGAACCUCCAAAGGGUCUGAAGGCCAACAUGAAGCGCCUGUACAACCUGAUCACAGAGCAGCAGUUCACGCGCUGCCACAAACAGGACAAGUACAAGAAGCUGCUGUUUGGGCUCUGCUUCUUCCACUCCAUCCUGCUGGAGCGCCGCAAGUUCCUCCAGCUGGGCUGGAACAUCAUCUACGGAUUCAACGACUCCGACUUUGAGGUGUCUGAGAACUUGCUGAGUAUCUACCUGGAUGAGUAUGAUGAGACUCCAUGGGACGCCCUGAAGUACCUGAUCGCAGGAGUGAACUACGGAGGUCACAUCACAGACGACUGGGACCGCAGGCUGCUCAUGACUUACAUCAUGGACAUCUUCUCUGAUGCUGCCGUGUCCGCUCCUUUCUACAAGUUGUCCAGCCUGCCCACCUACUACAUCCCCAAGGACGGCCCCCUGCAGACCUACAAGGAGUACAUCAGCAUGCUACCCGGAGUGGACCACCCAGAGGCCUUCGGACAGCAUCCAAACGCUGACAUCGCCAGCCAGAUCACCGAGACACGCACGCUGUUCGAAACUCUGCUGUCGCUGGUGCCACAGGUGUCGGCCGGUGGGAAGGGAGAGAGCAAAGAAGACAAGGUUCUCCAGCUUGCAGCUGAUGUUCUACAGAAGGUGCCAGAGAACAUUGACUACGAGGGCACAGCCAAGAUCCUGGAUGGAGACAACUCACCUCUCAAUGUCGUCCUGCUGCAGGAAAUCCAACGGUACAAUGCGCUGUUGGAGGUCAUGCGGAAGUCUUUGGUUGAACUUGAGAAGGGCAUCAAGGGCAUUGUGGUGAUGUCCAGUGACCUUGAAGAGACCUUCAACUGCAUCUUUGCUGCCACUGUGCCACCGUUGUGGGAAUUUGCCUAUCCCUCCAUGAAGCCCCUGGCGGCCUGGACUCGUGACCUGAUCCAGAGGGUGGAGCAGUUUGCCAAGUGGGCGGAGACGGCCCACCCGCCCGUCAUCUUCUGGAUGGCGGGAUUCACCUUCCCCACGGGAUUCCUCACCGCCGUGCUGCAGACGUCUGCUCGGCAGAACAGCGUGUCCGUGGACUCCCUGUCCUGGGAGUUUGUGGUGUCCACUGUGGACGACAACAACAUCACUGGGGCACCGAAGGACGGUGUGUGGGUGAAAGGCCUGUUCCUGGAGGGAGCUGGAUGGGACAAGAAGAACGCCUGUCUGAUAGAAGCUGACCCCAUGCAGCUGGUCUGCUCCAUCCCGACCAUCCACUUCAAACCUGUAGAGAACAAGAAGAAGAGCAGCAAAGGUAUCUAUGCGUGCCCGUGCUACUACUUCCCCAACCGUGCCGGCGCCACCGGGCGUGCGUCGUUUGUUGUUGCUGUGGACCUGAAGACCGGAGCCAUGCCCCCAGACCACUGGGUCAAGAGGGGGUCCGCACUUCUCAUGAGUUUGGACCACUAGUUUCAGACUCGUCAAGAAAAUAGCUACAAAUGUAUUUAGAAAAUAUUGUGUUCAGAAUUUGAAAACUCUUGCGCUUUGGUUUCAUUCCUCAGUAAGGAAGGUUUGAAGGCUACACAGAGAAACUGCAAAGUUUGACUGAAUCAAAGUGUUUUUUUAUGAUUUGUUUCAAGCAUUUUGUGGGAAUUUUGGUUGGUAUUUGUAUUAUUUAAAGUAAGCAUUAAUGGUUGUUAUUGUUUGAAAUGACCUGUUCUUUCAGAUGUCAAAUAUAAUGUCACAGCAACAUUUACAAAAUGGUGUGGUAUCACUCUUUGUCUCAAAAUUACGAGAUGUCUUAGAAUAUGUACAUGUACUAUGCAAUUCGCAAGUUACUUGAAGAACUUGCUUCUAAGUCAGACUCUAUGGAAAUGGAGCCACCGAAAAGAAUUCUAUUGCCACUUCUCAAUAAAUGUAUCAACAUCUAUUUGUAGAUUAUGUUAUAUCACAACAGAUUUUUUUGGAGGCUGAACUUUCAAGAGUUACAAAGAGUAUCAAAUGUUUCCCUGAGAUGUAUAUUUCUACGUUGUGUGAUCGGUAUUUUGUAUAUUUUGCGCACAAAUUUAUUUUCAUCUACACGACAAGCAAAUGCUAUCUUCUGUAUAUUUCUAGUUUGUCAAAAAGAAUGUGAAUGUAGUAUUUUGAUGAAGAAAAUAAAUCACUGGAGAGUUUAUUUCA